AUGGAAAAGGCCAUUAAAGAACGCAUUGAGAAAUGGAAAAAGGAAAACUCUGCUGAUGGAAAGGAAGCGACGAACGAAAAUGCAUAUGAGAAUUUGACGGAGCUAAUCCUAGACGGAAAAAAAUUUAGUGCAAUAAAAAGUGAAGAUGUAGAAUUGCUAAAUAAAUUUACUCAUCUGGAAAAACUAAGUCUGAACCAAACAGGAAUACAGACCUUGGAGAGCCUACCCAAAAUGGACACCCUGAAUGUGCUGGAGUUAACAGACAACCACCUGAGCACAGUAGAAGUGUUGAAGUACAUUGUUGAGACAUUUCCAAAUAUAAAAACACUAGAGAUUGGAGGAAACCACUUUAAAAAUAUUAAAGACUUUGAAGUCUUGAAGGAUUUAAAAAACUUAAGUCGUUUAGGUGUGCAGUUUAACCCUUUUGCAGAUGACCCCAAUUAUCGUAAAGAAUUAUUUACCUUCCUCCCGAACAUAAAAAUAAUAGACUGCUACAAUAAGGAAGGAGUAGAAGUGUUAAGCUCUGGUGAAGAAGAAGAUGAAGAAUAUGAAGAAGACAAUACACUGAAGAAUUUUUAUGAAGCUGAUUUUAAAGAAGAAGAUGAAGAAGAGGAUGAGGAAUUUGUUCCUAAUGACAAUGAAGAUGAAGAGGAUGAUGAUGACCUGGAUGAUGAUUUGGAAGAGGAAGAGCUCGAUGAUUUAGGAAAGGAAGAUUUGGAUAAAGAGGAUUUAGAUGUGGAGACUAAGGAUACUGAAAAUCCUCACAAUGAUGAAAAAACGAAUAAGAGAAAACAGAGUGCCCUGGACUCUACCAAUGAAACGGAUGUCAAGAAGACAAAAAUUGAAUAG